CUGAUCUGUUUUCUGGCGUGGCAGUAAUACGCUUCCCGUAAUAGGCUACAUAACAUACGAAGCAUACAUUUCAACACAUUUCUGUUUGUCUUUCCUGCAAUGUUUCUGUUUCUGCUCUUUAGCAUUUCAUCAUUUAUUUUAAGAGGAAUGUGUUUACUGUUAGGCUACCAGAUUGAAAAAAAAAAGCGGCUAAAUACUAUAAUAUAAUAAUUGAUGAGGCUAUUUGAUGAUUGAUCUUGUCAGAAAUCAUUGUUGUUGUGAAAACGACGACAGGAACAUAAGCUACAAUCAAUAAGCUAUUUGGCUGUCGCAAUCAAUCAAAGGGAAUCCAGUCGUCCUCAUUCUCUUGAGUGUCAAGAAAGGAGGCAGCCGUCAACCUUUCAGAAAAUAUGAAGUAAAGCCUGCAGAGUGGAGUGACAGACACUUUAUGAUUGAUUACAGGUUUUAAGAAGUGGCAUAGGUGCUGCACCGUUGAGUGUGUGGCGGUAUGUGUGUGUGUGUGUGUGUGUGUGUGUGUGUACAGCAGCUGCUCCCUCCCUCACUUUACUCUCCUCUCAUAUUCAGUCCUGCAGUAGCGGAUGGACUCGCAGCUCUUGCCGGCAGGAGCACAGACAUCUGAGGAGCCCGUAGUGUCAAAGAAAAGCUGUCGGAGACACAAAGAGCUCUCCCAACAACCAAUCUCUCUGUAUACGGAUUAUUUAAAGCGUGAUUUCCUGCUGUAAGCAAUCCAGGAGCAACUUUGCCAUUGUUUCUGUUUUUUUUUGUGGUGCAGACCUUCAGUCAGUCAACACCUGGCUGCAUUUUCAACAUCUUCAGGCUUUCAGCAUCAACGAGGAUCCACACACUGUCAGUAAACAGUCACUGGAAUUUGGCUGGAUUUGCUUUCUUCUGAGGAUCUGAUUGCCUCCCUGUGAUGGACUGAAGGUGUGAGGAGGAGGAGGAGGAGGAGGAGGAGGAGGAGGGAGAGGAGGGAGAGGUCUGCAUGAUGUUAGCCUUCCUUGAAGGUGAGAAAGUCUAUUAACAGCUGGUGGGGGAUUAUCAGAUUCAGUCAGCCGCUCCCUGGAGGAAUGAAUGUACAUAUGUUAUAUAAGGACUGCACUGGGACCAGUGCUGAAUGGCAUCAUGACUCCAGCUGACUCAUAGGAUGUAUGAUUUACAUUUCAAGAUGUUUUUCCACUCAGAGCAGGAGGACCUGCAGACCACAUGACAGGAACCUCAAAUUAUGUUUUUUGUUAAGGAUUUCCUGCCUUUUUGGGAUUUUCUUUGCUUUUCCUAUGAGUCUAUGAAUGGAUUUUAAUGAGGACCAAGGGAAACCAGUACAGUAAUCCGUACGGUCGGGAGAUUUUCAUACCUCUCUGCUGUGGUUUUGUUCCCGCCGGGAGAGCAGCAUGGAUCUGUCCCGGGACCAGCAAUCAGACUGGAGCUCAGUCCAGCCCAGCUUCUCUUCGCUGCUGCAGUACGACGGCUCUCAGGAAAGACUCAACCACACCUACAGCUUCCACAGCUCUAUAAUGCUGCCCUCCACCUUCAGCUCCCCCACCGCCUCCCUCCAUCAACCUCUGCCCUCUCUGCUGCCCUCCUCCCUCAUCUCCUCCCCUCUAUUCUCCACCACCUCAACCUCUCGACAAACGUCCACCUUUAUCUACCAACCCUCCUCCUCCUCCUCCUUUCCUUCGUCCUUGUCCACUUUUUUUUCCAAUGACUUGGCCAACCUGGAGAGCAUGCUGCUCUGGACUCUCCACGAGCCCAGCACCAUCGCUCUGACCAUCAUGUACUGUCUGUCUUUCAUUUUGGGAUUUGUUGGGAACUUAAUGUCCCUGCGCGUCCUCACCAACAGGCGGAGCCGGCGGCUGGCUGGCGUCAGUGCCACGCGCAGCCUCCUGGUGAACCUGGCGGUGUGUGACCUGGCUGUGGUUUGCGUGUGCAUGCCAAUCACCCUGGGAAGCCAGAUCUACACCGCCUGGGUCUACGGCGACCUCCUUUGUCGGGCAGUGCCCUUCACGCAGGCGGUUUCAGUGUCAGCCAGUGUGUUGACGCUUACCGUGAUCAGUGUGAAUCGCUACUACAGCGUUCGAUCACCGCUGCGAGCUCGCUCCAUGUUUACCCGCCGUCGAAUCUUGGCGACCGUCGCCGUGGUGUGGACCAUCUCUUCGAUUAUAUGUGCUCCUAUUGCGGUGAUGAACCGGCGAAGGACGAUCAGCUUUGGGACGUUUGCCAUCUUGGUCUGUGAGGAGAAGUGGCCUCAGCAUCGCCUUAAACAGGGAUACAAUGUGCUGCUGUUUGUGAUGCUCUACUGCCUGCCGGUGACCUUUAACCUCACCAUAGGCUUCCUAACUGGCAGGCGGCUGUGGGGAGGGAGGAAAUCCGCUUUCGCCGAUCUCGAUCCUCGCAGCGAAGCCCUGCACGCUUCGCGCCUCAAGACGCGGCAGAAGAUCGCCAAGAUGGUGGUGUGUCUGGUGCUGCUGUUCGCAGUAUCCUGGCUGCCGCUCUACUUGGUUGACCUUUGGAUCGACUGCGAGGAAACGCCGCCGUCUUGGCUCCUGCAGACACGGCCGUUCGCCCAGUGGCUGGGCCUCACGAACUCCAGCCUUAACCCCAUCUGUUACUGCUUCAUAGGGGAUCUGUACCGCUCGGCUAAAGUGAUACGGACGCGAUACUACCAGAAAGUCGCCGCUCUCUUCGGCUCCUCCUCAUUCUCCAGCUCGGCCGCGGUGGCGUCUCCUGCCUCGGUGAUUACAGACAGCAGAGGGACUGCCGCUGAGCGCCACCAUAUUGCUGCUGCUGUGGCGGCGUCUGCAUCCAUCGUUACAAUCCCCAGGCUGUUGAUCUUGGCUCGAGGCCAGGGACUGGGGCAGAAGGUCUUAGACAGUUCAGACAGCCGAGCAGGGUCCGACCACAGUAUCUCAGACUGGUGUCGGUCCAGUCCCAGCGUGUGUGACAGCUCCUUGUUCCCCUGCCAGCUCCACACGCUCCAGCACUCCAUACAAAGAGCAGACCUCCUGCCCACAAGGAGACACUCUGUGAAUGAGAACGCGGGAUCAUUAACUUUAAGGAUCGAGGCCGUGGAAAUAGACAUGCUGCCUUCGAGGAGGCAUUCGGGGGACAGAAUAUAUAGUCUGUCAGCUGAUAAGAGAGACAUCAUUACCCUGGGCAGAGAUGCUCUCUGUUACACCGGGCACCACAGAAUCAAAACAUCACAAACCUACUCUCUGGUAGGAGAGAGGGAGGAUGAGACGACCGAUAUGACCAGUCUGUGAACGCUGCAGAUUAUCUGAAGUAUGAGGAUUUUGUUUCUCGUCUGUCAGCAGGCAGCAAAAACACACACAGCUCCGGAUUCAGUUUGCAGUGGACAGUGUGGGUUAAUCCCUUGCAUAAGCCAUUGUUUGUCUUGAGGAUAAACUGACCUGAUCUACACACUCCUUCUUUCGCUGUGAAGUAUUAUAUCAGUAUCAUCGAUAGCACAGGAGAUCCAGGAUUGACGUUUGCACCGAUGAGUUGAGCUUUUUCAAAGCAGCUGGAGGGAGAAGUGAUGGAGUGAUUCCUGCAGGGGAAGAGUUCGGGGUUAUUUUGCCUCGGGCUAGAAAGUAAGAAUCUCUGAUCGAAGCAGUGUGCCAUUAAAAUGCAAGUCUUAUCAUAAGUGAUUGAGCUGCUAGUCACAGUCGUGUCUGACAUCUGCUAAAGACAAUAACCCAGCAGGACGUAUCUAUGUUCAUCUAUUUCUUUCUUAUUGCUUUGCUAAUGUAGGAACACACUGUAUCAGGUCUUUACAGGAUAAUGUCACCAUCAAUGUCUGCAGUCUGUGAAAAGAUAUGUACUGGAGCAGCAGUUGUUCAUGUGUGCAGUCAGUCAUACAGGUGAUCUGCAGGGAAUAUGAGAUAGAUAGUGUAUAUGGAGCAGAACAUCUAAAACUCACAGUACAGUGAAUGCUUUUGCACAUAAUAACUCUGUGUUAUUACACGGCUUUGUUGAAUACUCAAAUCUGAUUGGUCAAUCACGGCAUUCUACGGUCUGUUAUUUCUUUAUAGCGGACCGUUGAUAUGUCCACAGCUCUGA